AUCCUGAGUCCCGGUCCUGGUCCCGCAGCCGUUUUGGACUUGUCUCGUGGUGUCCGCGUGCACCCCUCUCCCUUCCUUGGUUUCGUGGCCCGUUACCCCACCCUGCUUCCUCUCCGUGGGCACCUGACGCCGCGACCCCGGCCCCGAGCUGGCUUUGCCGGCCAAUCGGCUCGCCCGCGCCGACCACCGCGCCUCUUCCCCUCGCCGAGAUCGCCUGAAAAGGCAAGCGAGGCCAGCCCGAUCCCCCUCCCCGCCCCCCUCAAGAACCAAAAAAGGGUGUCAUUUCGUCCUAGGAUCGCAGCUCGAGCUCGGUCGCUCUCGCUCACCUCGCUCCCUACUCGCCUGCUUUCCACUUCCUCCGCGCUCCCGAUUUCCUCUCCGAUUCCUUCGCCGACUCGUUUCUUCUUGGCAAUUCGUUGCGCGGGCCAUCGCCCCGACGGCACCUGGGUACAUCAGCUACAGGACGGGACAGGUCCCUCUUCUAGGAGAGGCUUCGCCAGCCGCCUCCCGCCCCCGUCACUACGGGCGCCGUGGAGCGGAGAUCCAUCCGGACUUGGAUCGGUCUCGUCGCGUGUUUGAGCAAUAUGGGUUGGCUGACCAAGUUUUUUAGAGGCUCAACCCACAAUAUCUCGGAAGAGCAGUAUCACAGCAGGCCUGCAGAAGACACAGCAUGGAAUGAACCCUCUAGCUCUCCUGUUGUGACUGACAUCCUUUCAGAGUUUAACAAUGAGGAUAUUGACCGUGCUAUAGCGCUCUCUCUAUCGGAAGAGGAGCAAAGAAAGGAAAAGGCAAUAGAUAAGGAUAUGCAUUUGGAGGAGGAUGAGCAACUUGCAAGAGCUAUCCAGGAAAGUUUGAAUGUUGAGUCACCCCCUCGCAGAAAUGGCAGUGCCAAUGGUGGUACUAUGUAUCAUCCGCCUCGCGAAACUGGCAAUGCAUAUCAGCCACCUCGUGAAAAUGGCAGUGCCAAUGGUGGAAAUGCAUAUCACCCAUUACCAUUUAUGUUCUCAUCUGGAUUCAGAGCAUGCGCAGGAUGUCACAGAGAGAUUGGUCACGGGCGUUUUCUCAGUUGCAUGGGAGCUGUUUGGCAUCCGGAAUGUUUUCGUUGCCAUGCAUGUAGUCAACCUAUAUAUGACUAUGAGUUCUCCAUGUCCGGGAAUCAUCCAUACCAUAAAACUUGCUACAAGGAGCAGUUUCACCCGAAAUGUGAUGUCUGCAAGCAGUUCAUUCCUACAAAUAUGAAUGGCCUUAUUGAAUAUAGGGCACAUCCUUUCUGGGUACAAAAAUACUGUCCUUCACAUGAAAUGGAUGGUACUCCGAGGUGCUGUAGUUGUGAAAGAAUGGAGCCAAGGGAAUCAAAAUAUGUAUUACUGGAUGAUGGUCGUAAGCUCUGCCUGGAGUGCCUUGAUUCCGCAGUGAUGGAUACAAACGACUGCCAGCCUUUGUAUCUUGAAAUUCAGGAAUUUUACGAAGGACUGAAUAUGAAAGUGGAACAGCAGGUUCCUCUGCUUCUGGUCGAGCGACAAGCUUUGAAUGAAGCCAUGGAAGGAGAGAAGGCUGGUCACCACCAUCUUCCUGAAACAAGAGGACUAUGCUUAUCAGAAGAACAGACUGUUAGCACGAUACUGAGACCAAGAAUGGCUGGAAACAAAAUUAUGGGAAUGAUAACAGAGCCAUAUAGGCUGACACGGCGAUGUGAAGUGACUGCAAUUCUUAUUCUGUAUGGUCUCCCAAGAUUGUUGACAGGUUCAAUUUUAGCUCAUGAGAUGAUGCAUGCAUGGUUGCGGCUUAAAGGAUACCGGACACUGAGCCCAGACGUAGAAGAGGGCAUUUGCCAAGUUCUUGCUCACAUGUGGAUCGAGUCAGAGAUCAUGGCCGGAUCAGGCAGUAGUGCCGCAUCGUCAUCCUCAGGAUCUUCGUCAUCCACAUCAUCGAAAAAGGGCGGGCGGUCCCAGUUUGAGCACAGGCUUGGGGACUUUUUCAAGCAUCAGAUCGAGACGGAUACUUCCAUGGCCUACGGAGAUGGUUUCAGAACUGGGAAUCGAGCCGUUCUUCAUUACGGCUUGAAGCGCACCCUUGAGCAUAUCCGGCUAACUGGGACCUUUCCAUUUUGAAGUAGCAUGGAUUCAUAUUUUGGGAAAGCUUAUAUUAUAUACAUGAUUUUCUUCCAGAGUUCCAUUACAACCAAAGAGAUAAAUUGUAAAAAAACAUUCUUUCCAGAAUCCAGAGAUAUAAUAUCUAUGAAGGCCAAAAUGAAGUAUUAAAUGAUUGAGAUCGAUGGUCAGUCUGCCCAAUCAUUUUGUAUUCUGAUCAAACUCUGGAAUGAAACAAUGGCAAUCUUUUUAUAUGGUGUCAGUUUCAAUAAAUACCAGUACCAUUUUACAGUA